GACUGCUACUUCCUGUCAGGAGAAGGACGUGUAGUUUAAUGGUAGCUUUGACACACCCGUUGAAGUUUCGCGAUCAGUUUUGGAAGAGUUUAUACAUUUUUCCAUCUGGAUGCAACACAAAUAGAGGGUGAACCACCAACAGCGAUCGGUGUUCUUUUAGUACACUGAAGUGCACUAGACAUUUUAAAUAUAGUACUAGAUUCUUUCAAGAUGACUUCAUACCUGUGGAUUUUAGUUCUGGUAUAUCUGGCGGGAGCGACGGCACAAGAUUUGAAUCUGGGUGAUGCCUUAGAUGACACAACAACUCCACCUAAACCAGAUGUAAAACAGCCCAAGCAAGGAUCAGAUGAUUUCAAUCUUAAUGAUGCCAUUGAUUCAGACACACCAAAUGAGCCCAACAAGCCUCCUCCUGCCCCGCCCAAACCUGCAGAUCCUAAGAAACCACUUGGAGGCGAUGGAUUUAGCAAUGAUGACCUGUUAGAUGUGGUUGGGGAUGAGUACAAGCCUGACCCUGGUAGAGGACAUGGAGGGCGAGCCAGUGACCCUGGUUAUGAUACCACAGGAGAUGAUACAGACCAGUCUCAAGACCUGAACCAGCUCUGGCUGCAGCUCCUGAGGUUGCUAGGAGACAACGUUCCAGAAUGCCUCCAUGCCUGGACUGACAACUUUAGACAAGUAUUAGGGUCCGUUCUAGAAAUGAUGCUGGACUUCCUGGACCCAGCGGAAGGGGAGCAGCUGUCUUAAAUGGCCUGUUGGGCAUCGGUCCUGUCGGCUACUUCUUGUGCCUGCUUACUGGAGAGGGCACAGUGCCGUGACCUACUGUUGUAAAUGUUGCUGGGUGUCAGUUGUUCUGGUUGUUGUGGUCGCACCAUCUUUUGGCUGGGACAUUAGCUGUGCUAUGGCUUGGUAAUAGGGAACCUUGGUUUUGAUCUAGAGUGAGAUAAGCAUUUUGCUUUCAUAUUUGUUUUCUAAAGGGUUUUAGAUGUUAGUUACUGAUACAAGAUCAGAUGUUAUCAUUGUUUUGUCAUGCAGUUUUAAGUUUCAGACAAAAUGCAGGAUAUUUUCACAGGGGCUGAGGUGUUUCACUAGGACACUUUGAGAGGCAUGUUUGGUAAAUUUACAGAUGUACACCCAAAGUGUACCUGCCCUCUUGAGUAAUUUUAAGUUUGACCUUUUGUGCAGGCAGCAUGUCAUUUUGGUUUGAGGCCAUUUUAGAGACCAUUUAAGGGUGCUGUUAAUUCUUAUUUUAAUUUAAUUUCAUUCAAGUAUAACAUUCAUUUUGAGAUAAAAGGGGCCAGUGCUUGGUUGUGUGUGACCAACUCCUGUGUGUGCCACUAAAUUUAGACCUUUCUCGCAACCUUUCUUCCUUCCACCCAUUCCUGUAUAUUUCUUUUUCCUCCUGGCUCUCUGUCCACCUCUUUUCCUUGCUGUGCCCUUGUCUUAAAGUGUGCCAGCCUUAAGCACACUGGAUCUCGGCAUCCAAGCACUCCGGCGGUAAACUCUUCCAUGGUUUAAUGAUAUGGUACCCCCUUCCGGAAACUUCUUUACUCUGCUGCCCCGCACCCCUGUCCAGUGCUCUAUUGUUCUCUUGUUUUAAGCAUGGUUCUUGUUCAGUCCUGUUCAGCUAAGCUAUCUUGCUGACAUUUCUAAAUAUCCUUUGUUAAUUAUAAUAUUUUCCCAAUAAGAGGCUUAACCUUAGUUCCUGGUGCUUUGAUUAACCUUAGAGCCCAUUUCUUCACACAUACCACGCAUAGCAUGAGUUCACCCCUCAGGGACGAGAGGACUCUCCCCUUUGAGCUUUACAGAAAGGAAGCCUACAUGUGUUUUUAACUUUAUAAAGAAAUGCAUGUUCUGUGAUGCAGGGAAUCAGUAGGGGCUUUUUAUUUAUGGCAGUCUUCUGCUGGGCGACUUGGUCAGUUGUUUAUAGUGUUUUCAGAAUGGUUUUUAGAAUAUUUUUUUAUUUAGUGAAGGACACUGUGAUUGUAUUGUAUGUUGUAAGUAUAGUGGUACUAGUGGGGGUUUUUUCCUCAGUAAUCUUCUGUAGUUAUAUGCUCUGGUCAUGUUGGCACACAUUUUCCAUGUUUGGCGGUGUGUAUUUCGGGGAGAUUCUUUUGAUGUGUUGUCCCGUGAGAUCAUGUGUUGUCCCGUGGCGUCCUGUGCUCUUCUAAGUCUGUGUUCCCUUUAAUAAACUCUUGGUGAAAGCUGAAACCAUUCUGAGUUUUUUCACUAGUGAGUCUAACACUAUUCUUAAUUUGCCGAGCUUGCCAUAACAGCAGUGUGACCACUGCCACUUCCAGAAUACACUGAGUGAGAGACUCGGUGUGAGCUGCCAGUAUGUACAACUGACCCUUGAACUGUACUGGUACUGGCUUUGUUAUAAAAAUAAGAUAUGCACUGGUCCUGUAUUAGUGUAAAUGAACAGCUUACAUUAUGUUGCCUUUGAUGUGGCCCAAGGUCUAAGGCAAGUUUAAUUUUCUUUACAUAGCUGAUAAUAGAGUUGGGUUGGAUAAAGUUGACCCCAAAUCAGGACUGAGAAGUCACUUCAUGUUUUGUGCCUCUGUCACACUAAAACACAAUUAAUUUGUACCAAUACAUUUAAGGGCGAUUUUAGCUAGAUUCAUCUCUGAGAGAUGUGUAGCGUAGGCUACACCUUGUCAGCAUCCUGGGUGGUGUUACGGUCCUGGUCUCUGUUGGAACUUUACUUCAGAGCUGAGUGUUCAGGAAGGAGUUGCACAUCCCACCCUGUCAUGCUUGAUUCACCACUGCAGUGACUCACUCACAUCUGAAUCACUUUCUCUUCUUCAAUAUAAGAGGGUAAUAGUCCCUGGUGAGUUUUUUAUUUUGGUUUGUUUUGUUUUAUUUGGACCAACCUGACUUCAAGUCUCCAUAAAUUCCAGGAUCUUUUUCAGCCACAUAGAUCUAAUGUGAGUAUUAUAUUACUAACUAUAACAGGAUUGGUUCUUGGGUGUUUUCUGAAUUUACUUUCAUAUUUCGAGCAGGGAAGGAGAUUCCUACACUGCCACCUUGUGGAAGAAAAAUGUACUGAAUGUACAUUAAUAACUUCAUGAAACCUAUUGUUAUUUUGGCACAUACAUUCGCUGAUAGUUCUAUAUAAAAUUUCACAUUCUCUGGCAUUCUUAAAUUAGAUUAUAUAUUGGGAGUGCUAAUUCAGAUGACUCCAUCCAGUGCAAUAUAAAUGGUACACAGUACAGGGAUACUUCAGGUUUUGUGAUCCUCAACUUCUUAGCAUUACGUUAUGGACAUUAUGGACACUUUCCCUGCAGAGUUGCUAAAAGUAUUCAGAGUGAACACGCGGCUGGUGAGUAACGGGAGCACUCCUACUCGUGUGCAUUUUUCUUUCGGUAACCGCGCGUCU